AUGUCGAGCAGCUCAGGAACGGUGUUUGGCGACGCCUGUCCCUUGACAGUCUCACCAGCACAGUUGCGCUCCUUGCUUCCUACAUCCAGUGGCCUUACCGUUCUCGAUGCGAGCUGGCAUAUGCCAGGUUCCUCUCGGAACCCGAGAGCUGAGUGGCGCGCCUUGCGAAUUCCUGGCGCGCAGUUCCUCGAUCUCGACGAGGUUGCGAGUGCCCAUACGCUGGGGCUGAAGCAUAUGAUGCCUAGCCCUGAGACGUUUGCCAAGGCAUGUGAGGACUUCGGUGUAUCACCCGACUCACACGUCGUAAUCUAUGACUCGCAUGGCAUAUUCUCGUCACCGCGCGCAUUGUACAUGUUCCGUGCUUUUGGUCAUGCCCGUUCGUCGAUCCUUGACGGAGGACUGCCAGCGUGGAUCGCCUACGGAUGCCCCACGGAGACCGGCGAUCCGCUCCCUGUGGAAAGUGCUGCAUAUCCUGCUCCUCAGCUUGAUACCAAAGUCGUGAAGAGUUAUGAGCAGGUCGUAGCAAACUCUCGGUUCAAUCCUGCCAAUGAGCCCCUCGCGGAUCUUGUACUUGAUGCGCGCUCGAAGGACCGCUAUCUCGGCACCGCGCCCGAGCCUCGAGCAGGCCUCUCUUCAGGCCACAUCCCUUACGCAUUCUCGCUGCCAUUCACCGCGUUCCUUGACACGCGUCCAAUGCCCUCGCCACCUCCAGCGACUGCGCAGCCCUUGCCUGCAGGGUCUUCCAUCCCGGCACUAGGUGCCCAUCCACCAGAUGCCACACCACGCGACCCUAUCCCAGAUCCUCCGGCCCUGACUUUAGAAUCCUUCCCGGCGUCGCUCCCCAAACAGUACGCAACGUUGAAACCGACCACGCAGAUCUUAGAUGUUCUCCGUGAGUCGCUGGGGCCCGAUUUUGCUGGAGAAGUGCUCGAAGGCAAGCGGGGUGUCACCGCAAGCUGCGGGAGUGGGAUGACUGCCGGCGUGCUGUGGCUAGGGCUGCAGGCCAUCGGCGCUACGGAAGUGGGGAUCUAUGAUGAGUCGUGGACAGGCUAUGCCAUGCGUAAGGAAAGCAAGAUUACUAAGGGAGAAGAAAAGCGCGCGUAG